AUGUCAAAUGAAAAAGAACGUUCACGGGUGCUUCAAUCACUAGAAUCUGAAUUCAUAAAUGAUUUAUCGCUACAUUUAUACUCAUCGUUUUUGCUACAUCGAAUCAAUCCCAAUUUCCCAUUGACUCGAUGGUCUAGUUGGCCCAAGAAGUUUGAUAAAGUGCCAGUACCAAGUCAAAAAUACGAAGAUGAUUUGAUCAAUGGGAAUGAAGAGAGGUAUGAAUGGGACAUUGAUGAGGGUCAUGUUUUGUAUGAGAGGGAUAGAACUUGGCAGAUGCAGGGAAUAAAGCGGCAGAGGAAGAAGAAGAGGAAGAAUCGAAAUAGAGGAGACAAUGCAGAACCGGCGCAACAGGGAAAGGAGAGUAGCUCAACUUCUCAGAGUGAAGAAACCUCUUCAGAAAUUGACGACGCUGGUUCUAGUGAUACCAAUAAUGAUAGUUUACAUAGUGAAGAUGGCGAUGAUGAAGUUGAACGCAACGAGGAACAGCUACUUGAUUCAAGCAAUAAAAUUGUUGAAGUGACCUACACAGAACGCGUCCCACAGGCUAAAGUUUCCCUCAUGAACUCAAUAAACUCAUUACUUGAACUGAAAAUUCGAACCAAGAUCCAACAAAUGAGACAACAAGGUAAAAUAGAUUCAUCGAUGACAAUGACCUCUGAUGCAUUUCCCAAGUACAUGCUUCUUGUUAGCGAGUUGGCCAAUCGCUUUAAUUCUAUGUUGGAUACCAUUUUUGAUACAUUCCAUAUAAAUGACUAUCCAUUAACUUGGCAAAAUGUACUACUAGCUGGUAUAAUUAAUGAUCGACAAAGAGGUCAAUUGAACCCACAAUUGUAUCAGAAACUCUUGCAUAAUUGUGAAGAAAUUUUUGAGAAUGUACAUAAUGUUUACGAAUUUGAUAAUGAUGAGGCAAAAGAAGAAGCAAUCCGUGACGGAAUUGUUACUGAUGAUGGCGGGUUUAACGUUGAGAAAUAUUUGUAUUCGUUACGAGAUGAGUAUGUUGGUCCUGGACAGAAGGUUUAUGAGGCAUUAGCAAAGAAUUAUAUGCGUGAUUUUAAUAAUAAAGUCAAUUUUCAAUCAAGAUUGAAGCAAAAUAUGCUCAAUAUGAUUGGUGAGGAAGGGAAUAAGCGUAAAAGGAAAAAUGAUGAAGUAGAACAUAGUGACGAGGAACUGUUGCUGAGCAGCUCACACGAAGAAAGGAAUCAACCCGAGUCCGAUUUUGAACAAAGACAUCAUCGACUACUACAACAACAAAAGGAACUACAAGAGUCAUACACAAUCAAAUUUUAA